AUGCGAAAAAUCGACUUCCGACUCCUCCCGCCCCUUACGAUUCUUUACAUUGUUGCAUUUAUGGAUCGGUCGAAUAUCGGCAAUGCGAAGGUUGCAGGGAUGAAUGACGAGCUCGGCCUAACAAGCUCGCAAUAUAAUAUUGCUUUGACCGUCUUUUUUUUCCCCUACGCCGUAUUCGAAGUUCCGAGCAACAUUGUUUUAAAGCUUAUGAGGCCAUCCCAUUGGAUAACCAUCCUGGUUAUUGCUUGGGGCACCGUCUUGACAUGCCAAGGUCUCGUUAAAAACUAUGAACAGCUCGUAGCUACCCGAGCUCUUUUGGGGUUUACGGAAGCCGGAUUCUUUCCCGCGGCCACGUAUCUCUUAACGACUUGGUACUGCAGAUGGGAGCUUCAGACACGGCUCGCUGUCUUCUUCUCUGCGGCGUCAUUAGCAGGGGCCUUCUCUGGCCUCCUAGCCUUCGGAAUCUCUCACAUGGAUGGCAUUGCAGGUCUAAGUGGGUGGCGGUGGAUCUUCAUCCUCGAAGGGAUAUUUACGGUUGCCCUUGGCACUCUGAUUCCUUGGCUUCUGCCAGAUUCUCCCGUUCUAGCAUCUUUCUUAACUCAGAAUGAGAAGGAUUUCGUAAUGGCACGACUCGAGGCGGACUCUGGUACGAGCAGAGGUCGAGUUGAUACUCAGGGUGGCUCCUUCAAGUGGAAGUAUCUCAAGGAUGCUUUGCUUGACUGGCAUAUUUACCUUGGUGUUAUCAUGUUUCUGGGCCAGAGCAUCGCGACCUACGGUUUUAGCUUCUCGGCACCGACAAUCAUCUUCGAACUCGGCUAUACCGCCCAACAAGCGCAACUCCUCACAAUUCCUAUUUACUUUGCUGGGGCUUGCUCUACCCUUGUGUUCGCCAGGCUGGCAGACAAGCGAAGAAAGCGGUGGCCCUUUAUUCUGAUCCCUUUCUCGAUUGCUGCCGUCGGUUUUAUUGCUCUUCUUUCGAUUCCCCAUCCUAGACUUCCAGGUCUUACUUAUUCAGUCCUCUUUCUCAUCACCUCCGGUCUCUACCCAGCGGUUAUUGGCUGUAUAACCUGGGUGGGCAAUAACCUUGCGCCUACCUUCAAGCGUGCUAUUGGUAUGGCCCUACUUAUGACUCUCGGCAACCUCGGAGGCGCUAUUGGUUCCAACAUCUUCCUUGCCGAGCAGUCCCCGCAGUAUUGGCUCGGGUACGGAUUCUCUCUCGGUGUUAUCAUGCUUGCUAUUCUGUCGAUAUUCGCCUUGCGAUAUUCAAACCGGGCUCUGAAUCGCAAACGAGAUCUGAUGAAUGAAGAGGAAAUUCUAUCUCGUUACACUCGAGAAGAAAUAAUUGAUAUGGGCGAUAAGUCACCAUUGUACCGAUACGUCUGGUGA